AUGUGUGGUGUGCGUGAGGGCCUUGGGGAGGGUGUUGGAAGAUGGUUUGAAGAUAACUCUCGUCGGAUUGUGGGUGAUGGUAGAGAUGCUUUAUUCUGGCAUGACAUUUGGGUGGGAGAAAUUCCUCUCAAAUUUAAAUUCUCCCGCCUCUAUGAGUUGGCUGAGGAUAAAGAGUGUUCGGUGGCGGAGGCGAGAAGGGUUAUAGGGCCGGAUAGGGGUUGGGAGAGGGUGUGGCGCCGUCGGUUGUUGGCUUGGGAGGAGGAGAGUGUGAGGGAGUGCUAUGUUUUACUAUAUAACAUUGUUUUGCAGGAAAAUGUUCACGAUGCUUGGCGUUGGUUAUUAGAUCCUAUUCAGGGCUACUCUGUGAGGGGAGCAUAUCGCUUUCUCACUACCACUGGUGAACCUUUGGAUAGGACUCUGGAUGACGAUGUCUGGCAAAAACAUAUUCCUUCAAAGGUGUCUCUGUUUGUGUGGCGUCUUCUUCGCAACAGACUUCCCACAAAAGAUAAUUUGGUGCGGCGGCAUGUCCUUCAUCAUUCUGACACGGCUUGUAUCUCAGGCUGUGGGGAGUUGGAAACGGGAAAACAUCUUUUUUUAUAUUGUGACAUUUUUGGCUCUCUUUGGUCUCAUAUUUGGCUCUCUCUGUUCUCAUAUUUGGCGCUGGUUACAUAUUUGUUCAGUUAUGCCUCAUGA